CAUUUGCUGCAAGAGGCUAGUUCACGAACAGCUAACCGGAUGAAGACGAAGAAAUAUGGAAGGAAAUAGAAAAUAUUUUGUCUUUUAAUAACUGAGCUGACGUUUGGGUGAGACUUUGGUGUCGUAUCCACAUCAGAGGAGAGAGUUUAUGUAAAAUGUAGCGUUAGUUAAAACUUCCUCUGUGGUCAAACACGUUAGAUAGUAGGCUAACGCUGUCUCUUAACUUGUACAGUAAAUGCACGGAGUUAAGGUUGAGGUCGUUUCUGGUUUGCUGCACUGAGAUGAUGAUGCUAAUCGGAUAACAGCCGUUAAUUUCGUUUAUUGCAUCGCAGUAUGGGUGACCGUUAGCGCUUAAACCGACUUGGCUAACUGCGUUUUACACACUAGGUUAAUAUUAGCUUUAGCCAGCUAGCUCCUCAUUCCCCUCUUGCUGCAGCUUUCUCACUUUCUUAUGCUGACUUGUCAGGACAGGUGUGCUGAAAGUAGGCCAGGUGUGGUGUGGGGUAGAUAGUCUGUAACUUAGCCACAGUGCUCAGAGAGUGUGGUACCAAGUCCAGCAGUCUGCUUCAGGGAUUUUUGUCAGUUUAGUGGAGUCAGAGGUGGGAUCAUGCUGCUCUCCUUGGUUGUGCACACAUACUCGCUGCGGUACUGGUUUCCAGCCACAAUCAUGCUGGGGACAGCCCCGGCUUAUCUGCUGUCAUGGGGGGCUUGGCGUUUACUAUCAACGGUCUUACCAGCGAGAGUGUAUCACAGGCUGGACGACCGGCUGUAUUCCAUCUACCAGAGUAUGGUCCUCUUCUUCUUUGAAAACUACACAGGAGUUGAGAUUGUUAUAUAUGGAGAUAUACCAAAGAACAAAGAGAAUGUGAUCUACCUGUCUAAUCAUCAGUGUACAGCUGACUGGAUCAUUGCUGACAUGCUUGCCAUCAGGCAGAGUGCUAUCGGUCAUGUCAGAUAUGUCCUUAAAGAUGGACUUAAGUGGCUUCCACUUUAUGGAUGGUAUUUCUCUCAGCACGGAGGAAUCUAUGUGAAACGAAGUGCAAAGUUUAAUGAACAAGCGAUGAAGAAGAAGCUCCUCACUCAGACUCAAUCUGGAGCACCGAUGUACCUUGUUAUCUUCCCAGAAGGAACUCGGUAUAAUCCAGAGCUCAAGAAAGUUAUCGCAGACAGUCAGGCUUUUGCUACGAAAGAGGGACUGGCUAUUCUGAAGCACACGCUCACACCCAGGAUGAAAGCGUCUCAUAUAGCCAUCGUGACCAUGAAGGGCCACCUGGAUGCUGUCUAUGACAUCACAGUGGCCUACGAGGGAACGCUCGGUACCUCCGGUCAAAGAAGACCUGCACCAUCAAUGCCAGAAUUCCUGUGUAAAGAAUGUCCCCGUGUCCACAUACACUUUGACCGUGUGGACAUAAAGGAAAUUCCUCCAGAGCCAGUGUUUUUCCGCAGGUGGCUGCACGAGCGGUUCGAAAUCAAGGACCGGCUGCUGACGGAUUUCUAUGAGUCGGAGGAUCCAGAGAAAAUUCGCAAAUUCCCCGGGGAAGGCAAACCAUCUCCGCUGAACCUCUCGAAAACCCUCCCAUCGGUGAUAAUUUUGGGGGGACUGACACUGCCAUUACUGCUGACAGAGAACGGCAGGAAACUGUACGUGAGAACCUGGGUGUACGGGACACUGCUGGGCUGGCUGUGGGUGAACUUUUUUCCUUAACGAACGGGGAAGAGGCUGAGAUGCACAAAAGACAUGGAGAGACGGUGCCAUUUUUCUGUAUCACAACAACACAAGCUGUGUUCCAGAUGCAGACCAGUAUCUGAUGAGAGGCUCAGAGAUUUAUCCCACACGUCUGGCUCACUGUUGACCUUGAGCUGAAAGCUGAGCAGAAAUACGGAGAAAUGUGAAAAAUGAAAGCUCUUUGUGCUACCUGUUCCCCUAGCGUUAUUUGGAUUUGCAGCUUGAAAUUAUGAGUGGAUUUUUUGAAAAGUAUUAGGUUUAUCAAAACCCCCCUCUCUAUUAUGAAAUAAAGAUUACUGCAUACUGCUCUAAAGAUAAAUUUCCCCCCCAAAAAAAACAAAAACUUUCCCCCUUCAUCAGAUUUAGCCAAAUUAGUAUUCUUGCAUGCUCACUUUUUCAUCAGACAUUGGCCAGUUUUAAAGCUCUUAUGUGACAUUUAUUUUUGACAGCAAAGUGUGCUGAGUACUCUCAAAACACAUUUAAUCAUGAUGGUCAGCUAUUAUAUGUAACUGACGCAGUGCACUAGCCAACUAAUAAUGAAUCAUUAAUUAUAAAAUGCACUGACUCAUUGACAUCGGUUGUAAUGUCUGUUUUUUUUUUUUUUUAUGCCAAGUCCAUGUAAUGAGAGUUAUGCACUUUGCUCAUUUAAAGUGAUGUUUUUACAUUAGUAGAACAAAAUAAAUGGCAUGCAGUCCUCUGUAGGGGCACAUAACCAUGACACCAGCUUCACUGUUUACCAGAAAUAUUCAUACUGACAUCACUUUGUUUUCUAUCGAUAAUGAAUGUAGCUGUAAAAACAUGUUCAUUUAUGCAUAUUUGAAAAGGUACUUUUUAAAAAAAUUUCUGACAUCCAUUAAUAUCCUUCAAAAAAAUAUAAAAAUAGUGCACAUUUUUGAACAAAGUCCUUGUCACUGAACAGUCAGAUGCCACAGUGAGUUCAUAUAGAGGAAUGCAUGUGCAAAAUAAAAAUGUUCUACCACUGUAAAAUAAUACUUAACACCUUAAAAUGUCAGUCAUUGCCAAAACCUGGUGUAUUUUUUAUUUUUUUGGCCUAAAACAUUAUAAUUCCAUUUUUAUUAUGGUUUAUUCAUAAUUCCAUAACUUUUAUAUGCAUUUGUUACUUCUAAUACCGUGUUACAGCUCACUUGAAAGUAUCUACCAAGCAAAAAGCUGACAAAGCCAUGUUAACAGUAUAUCACAGGUUCCUGUGUACUCAAAGCCAUUUGUAUUAUAAACAUCACUGUAUUGUGAAAUGCA